GGGCUGGUCCUGGCCUGCGGCGCGGGGGAGUAGCUGAAGAGGCGGCGGCUCUAGGGCCCGUCCCGCCGCUGUGUUAAGGGUUUUUUCCCCCCGUAUUAAGCCCAGGGUGGAGCUAAUGAGGCUUCGCUGCCCGAUUCUCCUGCGCGCUGUGCGGCUGUCACCGCGGUGACUGCGCUGCAGGCCCUUCUCCAGGGAGCGCCGGGGUUGCCUGCUGCGAGCUGCUCUUCCGGCCCCUUCUCGUCUGUGCCUCUAGCCCCAGGGAGUUACCAGGAGCGGGGUCGUUCUCGAGCGUGAGGUGCCGUGCUGCACUGGGCGUGCGCGGGUGGUCUCAAGCCCUCUCGGCUGUGGGGUGUGUUACGGUGCUCUGGGAGCUCCCUGCCCCGAGGACAGACUGGGGCUUGGAAAGGGGGGUUGCGUUGCUUUUCAUCUUGCAUGACUUGCAUUUUAGGACUAACGUAGAAAACGUGCCCGUGUGUUCAGCCUUUUUGUGUGUCAACGCAUGCUACUGACCUUUGUAUUAACAAACAGGUACAGAGAGAGGCUGAACGAAUUGACUUUCAUUACAGGCAAACAGCCCGUUUUACUAAAUAGCUCCUUUAAAUAUUAGUGACAUUCACUUUCACUCCAAGAGUUUAGGCUUUCCUUUGACUCAGUAGUUUCCCCUUUCGUCUCUCUUCCCCUUCUUGCACCUACUGAUGCAGACAUCAAUUCUUGACUCGUUGGGGACCAGCAAAAUGGAGACUGAUUACAAUCCCAUGGAGUUGUCCAGUAACACAGGGUUUGAAGAAGAUUCUGAAUAUAAGGACAUUGAAGGAACAGAUGUGAAGGAUAUGAGACUAGAGGCGGAAGCUGUUGUGAAUGAUGUUCUGUUUGCUGUCAGCAACAUGUUUGUCUCAAAAAACCUUCCAUGUGCAGAGGAUGUGGCGUAUAUCAAUGUGGAGACAAGGGAAAGAAACAGAUAUUGCCUGGAGCUCACAGAAGCAGGACUUAGGGUGGUGGGUUAUGCUUUUGACCAGGCUGAUGAUGGCUUACAAACUGCGUAUCAUGAGACUGUCUACUCUUUAUUGGACUCUCUUAGCCCAGCAUAUCGUGAAGCUUUUGGAAAUGCACUGCUACAGAGACUGGAAGCUUUGAAAAGGGAUGGGCAAUCAUGAUUCAGUCUGCAG